AUGAAGAUAAAAUCGUUUUGCUCAGAUUUAGUGAAGAAUCAAAAAUGUAUCAAAGUUAGCAAAGCUUCCGUCUUAAAUAAUGCUACACAUGCUUCUUUGAACCUUGCUUCCAAGAUGUCGGGUAACACCUAA